CUCACUGUAGCGGCUCUCAGUUAGCUUAGCAAUACAGUUUAUAUUUAUUUGAUUUGAUUUAGAAGUUAGUUUAUAAAAUCUGAUCAAGGCGAGUUGGUGUGAUUAUUUAGAGAUAGUUGUGCUGUUAAAGCUGAGUUAUAAAAUAAUCAGUAGGUGUGUUGGCUGAUAAUGGCUGAUCCAGCUCGUGUGAAGAAUGAAGUUGUGAAUGAAAAUCUGAAGUCUGAAGAAAAUCCAGAAGAUAAAAAAGCUGAAGUGACGAGUGGAGGGAACAGCGGCACAGAAUCAACACCUAAAGCCACCGCCCCACUACAGGAGCACCGCGGGGGGGUGAUAAAGGAGGAGGUGAUGGCAGGAGGUGAGGAUGAGGAGGAGGAGGAAGCUCACUCCAGUUCUCACCCUCCUGCUGCUAAAAAACUCAAGGUGGAACCAGAGAAGAAGAAGGAGAAGAAGCAGAAGGUGGACGAGGACGAGAUUCAGAAGAUGCAGGUCCUGGUCUCCUCGUUCUCGGAGGAGCAGCUGAACAGAUACGAGAUGUACAGACGCGCUGCUUUCCCUAAAGCUGCUAUAAAAAGGCUGAUCCAGUCCAUCACCGGAUCCUCGGUGUCUCAGAACGUCGUCAUCGCCAUGUCAGGGAUCUCCAAGGUCUUCGUGGGUGAGAUCAUGGAAGAAGCUCUGGAUGUUUGUGAGAAGUGGGGCGACACCCCUCCUCUGCAGCCCAAACACAUGAGGGAGGCGGUGAGGAGGCUGAAGAGUCGAGAUCAGAUCCCCAACACCAAACAUAAACGGAUCCUCUUCCACUGAUCCACACACCAACCUCACCUGAACAUCUGGACUCAUGGACCACGACUGUAAAUCCCUGAUGUGGAUCAGACUGGAACUCCAAACUUAGUUUAUACUGUGUUACGGUCCUGGUUCUAAUGCAUCCUGCUCCACCUCCAAAAGGUGGAGAUGUUAAACUUUUACUUACAGUUUACACAGAUGAUCCAGAACAUCAGGAGAACCCCCCCCCCACCCCCCCCCACACCCACACACACCCACCCACCAGCAGGUUCCACAGAGCCUCCUGGUUCUUCCCCUUCAGGAGGGAACGGUACAGCUCUGGGAUGAAUCGAAAGGACGACUGAUAUUUUUUCAUCCACCAUCAGACCAGUCGACCUUCCUCCAUUGUUCUGGUGUCCAGUUCUGAUCCCUGUGUGCUCACUGUAGGAACUGGACGAUGGACCGGAGAUGCAUGAGGACUCUGACUAGUACAGAAGGGUUUGAUGCUCUGUGUGUUGUACCACGUUCCCCUCAUCACCAGGUUUUUUGGGUGGUCCUAAUGUUUUGGUUCGUCAGUAUAACUGCAGUGUUGUGUUUUAUUUUUAUUUUGUUUAAUUUGAGUGUAAACUGUGUGAAAAUAUACUACAGAUGGUGGACAAAAUAUUAGAAACACGCAACAGUGUCUUUAUAAAGGUCCUGGAUCAUGAUGUAGGUCCUGGUUUAGCAGGAGAGUAACUGAGAUUGUUCUCUGGACCUUCUCCUGCUGGGGUCCUCAUGGUCUGUUGUGGGGCAGUGGUUAAGCUACUGGACUAGUAAUCCAAAGGUUGCCGGUUUAAGCCCCACCACUGCCAAGUUGCCACUGUUGGGCCCCUGAGGAAGGCCCUUAAUCCUAACUGUAAGUCAAGUUGGAUUAAAGCGUCUGCUAAAUGCCAUAAAUGUAAAUGUGAGAUAUUGGAGAUCCUCCCGUUCUUUGAAUAAAGUAUCUGGUGUUUCAUUGACAUAAUUUACAUGCUUCCAGCUUUUAGGUAAUAGUUUAGGGAAGGCCCCUUACUGCCUUACUGUUCCACCAUGACUGUGCCACUGUGCACAAACAAGGUCUACAAAGAGAAGGUUUGAUUUUGUUGUGGAGAAACUCUGGUGAUCUGCCCCAGUCAACAGCUUUGGGAUGAAUUGGAACGUUGACUUAUUUUCUCAUCAUCACCAAAUGGGCAGAAAUAAUUUCCCAAAAGGGCUGACACUGUAAGGUUCUGGACUAGUGAUCAAAAGGUCUCUGGUUCAAGCCCUCUCACCACCACUGGACCCCUGAGUAUGGCCCUUAACCCUCGAGGGUUUUUGCUCAAUGCUGUAAAUGUUAAAGCUGUUUUCUAUAAUAAUUCAGAAUGGAAGGUGUCCACAUACUUUUGGUCUGAUUGUGUGUUUACUCCAGACUGAAAAUCCUUUAAAAUCCACCGAGAGUCACUAUGAGAACCUCAGCAUGUGAAGUGAGGUGCUGCUAGUCUGAGCUUCUCCUGAGUGUGGUAGGCAGGGGGCGCCAGAGUGCACAGGGGAAGUGAGAAGGACACAAACAGCCUGGGGGACAUUAUUACCCCCCCCCCCCCCCCCCCCCCCCCCCCCCAUGUUAACUGUAGUGUUUCUUUAUGUAUCGUACAAUAAAUUUACAUCCAGAUCAAAAUGAUUAAAACCAGAUGAUUUUA